GAUGUUACCGUUAAGUCGUGCUGUUGAAACCCGUGACAAUGUCGGUAACAAAAUGUGGGCUUGGUAAGAAGAAAGGCCUUUACGCACACAAUAUAGUUGCUUGCGAAGUUUCAUAUAAACUGGUAGUUUAGUUAUUAUAGUGGACUGGAAGUUUUAUUAUACGUUUUACCAAGUUUAUCAGAGAACCACGUGAUUCAGAACUUCGAGUUUCGACAGUAAUCAGACGGACUUUUAUCACAUAAUGAUCUUUCCAAGUGAAGAACUGCGGCAUUCGCUUAUUGAAAUCUUUUGGUAGAUGUAACUUGGUGUUUUCUAAGAUAUGUUGAUUUUUAACUGGUGUCCAGCGGUGCAAGUCCUUUUGUUUCUUGUGGCAUUAGGAGCUAUAAAUGAUGCUACAUCUACAGUCAAAAUAGGUGCUCUGUUUCUAGAAGAUCAGAAGAACAGUCCAAUAGAACUAGCAUUCAAAUAUGCGGUGUAUAGAAUCAACAAAGACAGAACCAUCCUGCCUAAUGCCAGUUUAGUGUAUGACAUCAAACACAUCCCUCGAGAUGACAGCUUUCGUGCGUCAAAAAAAGCUUGUUCGCUAGUUAGUCAAGGCGUCGUUGCUAUUUUUGGGCCACCAGAUCCGUUCCUAGGUAACCAUAUCCAGUCCCUAUGUGAUGCCUUGGAUAUUCCUCAUCUUGUAUCUCAUUUGGAGAUGGAAGGUGAAGUAAAGGAUAUAUCCAUUAAUCUAUAUCCUAAUUCCCGCAUGGUAGGGGACUCUCUAAGAGAUUUGAUCAAAUACCUGAACUGGACAUCGGUAGCUGUGAUGUAUGAAGAAAACGCCUCGUUGAUUAGAUUACAAGAACUCGUACGACCGCCCCUACCACAAACAGUGCAGUUCAUGUUUCGAAAAUGUGAUCGAAAUAGCUUUCGAGAGACUCUUCGUGACAUUAAGACAAGAGGCGUAUACAGCAUUGUAGCGGAUAUCCGACAAAGCAGUGUCCCUCUCUUACUAAGAGCAAUUCUCCAAGUCCAAAUGAACGACUACAAAUAUCAUUACCAUUUUUUCACGUUUGAUAUUGAAACGUUUGAAUUAGAAGACUUCAAAUACAACUUUGUCAACAUGACAGCGUUUAGAUUAGUUGAUUCUAACCAUCCUACUGUGCGCGAGAUUCUGAAAGACAUGGAGAAUUUUCAAUCCAUAGGGCACAAUAUUUUGAAUAAAACCAAUGUGAUUAUGACGGAACCAGCUUUGAUGUAUGAUUCAGUUUAUGCUCUAGCAAGAGGGCUAGAAGCUUUUCAACGCGGGUCUUCAAACAAUCACCCAUCAAAUGUUUCCUGUGAAAACGAAGAUCCGUGGGAUGACGGCAGUAGUUUAACAAACUACAUUAAUGCAGCUGAGUUUAGAGGUCUCACAGGAAAAAUUCAAUUCAAAGAAGGAAGACGAAAUAAUCUGAAGCUAGAUUUACUGAAACUCAGACAAAAUGAUAUUGAAAAGGUGGGAGAAUGGUCGAUGUCACAAGGACUAAACAUUACAAACCGACUAGCUUUUCAUGAGUUUGGUUCAACAAAUAUAACACUGAAAGUCACAACGAUCGAGAGUGUGCCCUAUGUUAUGUUGAAAUCAAAGAGAAAUGUUACUGGAAAUGACCGGUUCGAAGGGUUCUGUAUUGACCUUUUGGAAACUAUUGCCGGCAUGUUAGGGUUUCAUUAUGAGCUGAAUCUAGUGGCUGAUAACAAGUUUGGCGCUGAGAAUACGACAACAGGUGAAUGGAAUGGACUAGUCAAAGAAAUCAUUGAGAAGAAUGCCGAUUUGGCUGUUUCCUCUAUGACCAUCAAUUAUGCUCGUGAAAGUGUCAUCGACUUUACAAAGCCCUUCAUGACACUGGGAAUAGGAAUCUUAUUUAAACUCCCAACCAGCAUGCCAGUCAAGCUGUUCUCCUUCAUGAGCCCUCUAGCGGUAGACAUCUGGCUCUACGUGCUAGCAGCCUAUAUCCUCGUUAGUUGCACCAUGUUCAUAGUAGCUAGGUUUAGUCCUUAUGAAUGGAAAAAUCCUCAUCCAUGCAUCUCGGAGAAUGACAUCAUGGAAAAUCAGUUUAGCCUCAGUAACAGUUUUUGGUUCAUGAUUGUAACACUAAUGCACCAAGGAUCAGAAAUUAACCCCAAAGCUAUUUCAACCCGGAUUAUAGGCGCCAUCUGGUGGUUUUUUACUUUAAUCUUGGUGUCUUCCUAUACAGCAAACUUAGCUGCCUUUCUUACGGUGGAAAGAAUGAUAACCCCUAUUGAGAGCGUAGAGGAUCUUGCUAUACAAAGUAAAAUUGCCUAUGGAACAUUAGAAGGAGGUUCUACCAUGACAUUUUUUCGGGAUUCUAAGAUCGAAACUUAUCAGAAAAUGUGGAGAUUUAUGGAGAAUCGUCCUUCAGUUUUUGUCAGUUCGUACGAAGAAGGAGUCGAGCGGGUCCUUCAAGGCAACUACGCGUUUUUGAUGGAGUCUACAGUUUUAGACUACAUGGUCCAACGGAACUGUAACCUCACUCAAGUCGGUGGACUGUUAGAUUCAAAAGGCUAUGGAAUUGCUACUCCUAUAGGCUCCCCCUGGCGAGAUAAGAUAUCUUUAGCGAUACUGGAUCUUCAAGAAAAAGGAAUCAUACAGAUGUUGUACAACAAGUGGUGGAAGGGUUCCGGCUCAACGUGUAUGCGAGAAGAAAAGGGAAAAGAAGGGAAGGCAAACUCCCUGGGGGUGGAGAGUAUCGGGGGCGUAUUUGUUGUUCUUCUUUGUGGCUUAGCCAUUGCCAUAAUGACAGCUAUCUUAGAAUUCUGUUGGAAUUCCAAGCGGAAUGCCCAAUCGGACCGGAACUGUUUGUUUUGCUCUACUAAGCAAUCACUGUGUUCAGAGAUGGGAGAGGAAUUGAGGUUUGCUGUGAGAUGUCGAGGUUCUCGUCACCGUCCUGCACUUCGUCGGCAAUGUUCUAAAUGUAUUCCAGGAACGACCUACGUACCGACUGCGAUGGAAGUACCGCAAGAGAAUGGCAUCCUGCAAAUGAUUGAAAUGAGAAAAUCUCCAAUCCAGUUUGAGAUUGGAGACUCCUAGUGAAUCUGUGAUAAAUAGCAUUUGCUCACAGCGAGAAAAUUGCAGGACUCUGGUUAUAUGCGCCGUGAUCUGAAUAUUCUAAUUUCAUUCAAACUAGAGGGUUACUGUGUCAACAUAGGGAAAGAAUGGUGCUUGGUACUGUUUGCUUCAAUAACGGAUAAUAAAAUUAGUAGUGCGAUUUCAUGAUUUUAUUGUUCGUCCAGAGUAUAUUUUAUCCAAACUAGGUAAGAUAGGUUAAAUCUUCUCUCUUUAGAGGAAUGUGUUCAUUCCUGACAAAUAUACCUAAUAUAUAAAAGGUAAAUUUCUGAAGAAAGUAGACAAAUGUAGCAGUUUGAAUAACUUACUUUGUUCACUCACCUUUUUUUUCCUUCUCAAAACACAUUUAAAUUAUACAUAAAUUAAGUUAUAUAAAUUGUUUGAUUACCCUAAUGAGAUUUAUUGUGCGCAAUACGAUGAAUAGAAUUCAUAGUGUUUAACCCCUAAAUAAGUACACCAAUGUUUCCGUGAUAUAGCAUAUUUGGUAUUAAUUACACAGAAUUGCAUGAUUGUUCGUUAGAAUAGCUUAUAACUCGUGAAAAAAAUGUAAGAUAAAACACAUUAUCUUGUCCGUAAGAAUUGAUACUACAAAUAAAUAUUUUCUGUCUGGUAUUUUACGCUACAUUUUUCAGUUAAUUCGAAAAUUGUUAUUACUUUAUUUUGUAUUGUGAAACGUUGCUAUUUGAUUGCAACGGUCUGGCCAGAUACUUUGCUUCAUUGUAACAUUGUCAUAUUUCGUGUAAUAUGUUUCAUUACUUUCCUUGUUGAUUAUAUGGAAGUGUUGUCACAGUAUUAUCCCUUUUUUGUAUUUGUUUUUAUUGAUUGUUGGCUAUAAAAUUGCUCAUAGUUUUAACUAUUCUUAACAAGCUUUGUAAAUGAAAAAUGGAAAAUUACAUUUACGAAAGUAGCCCUAAAGACAGCUAUUUGUCUGUGUAGUAUUAAUAAAUAUUGUGUUUUUAUGAACACACACGUAGUGGUAUGAUAAUAUAUAUUUUAAACGUUCAAAGCUCUUAAGUGGAAUUGUAUAAGUAAUAUAAAUAAAUAUUAAUUA